AACCAGGCGAAGAAGAUGUGCAGGAUGCUCCAGGACUGCCCGAAGGCACGCAGGGAGGUGGAGCUGCACUGGCGGGCAUCUCAGUGCCCGCACAUCGUCCGCAUCGUGGAUGUCUACGAGAACCUGUACGCGGGGCGCAAGUGCCUGCUGAUCGUCAUGGAGUGUUUGGACGGUGGAGAACUCUUCAGCCGCAUCCAAGACCGUGGAGACCAAGCGUUCACUGAGAGAGAAGCGUCAGAAAUCAUGAAGAGCAUCGGGGAGGCCAUCCAGUAUUUGCACUCAAUCAACAUCGCUCACCGGGAUGUCAAGCCCGAGAAUCUCUUGUACACCUCUAAGAGGCCCAACACCAUCUUGAAGCUCACGGAUUUUGGCUUCGCCAAGGAAACCACCAGCCACAACUCUCUGACCACUCCUUGUUACACACCGUACUAUGUGGCUCCGGAAGUGCUGGGCCCAGAGAAGUAUGACAAGUCCUGUGACAUGUGGUCCCUGGGUGUCAUCAUGUACAUCCUGCUGUGUGGGUACCCCCCUUUCUACUCCAACCAUGGCCUCGCAAUCUCUCCGGGUAUGAAGAGUCGCAUCCGAAUGGGCCAGUAUGAAUUCCCCAACCCGGAGUGGUCAGAAGUAUCAGAAGAAGUGAAGAUGCUCAUCCGGAACCUGCUGAAGACGGAGCCCACUCAGCGGAUGACCAUCACGGAGUUCAUGAACCAUCCCUGGAUCAUGCAAUCAACGAAGGUCCCUCAAACCCCCCUGCACACCAGCCGGGUCCUGAAGGAAGACAAGGAGCGGUGGGAAGAUGUGAAGGAGGAGAUGACCAGCGCCUUGGCCACAAUGCGCGUGGACUAUGAGCAGAUCAAGAUAAAGAAGAUCGAGGACGCGUCCAACCCGCUGCUGCUGAAGAGGCGGAAGAAGGCGCGGGCCCUGGAGGCAGCGGCCCUGGCCCACUAGCCGCCCAGCGCUCCUGCUGGCCGCAGGGAAAGCAAUACCUCCACAGGAGUCCACUUUUAAAAGAAGGGCCACACAACUGCUCAGUGAUGCCUCCUCUCUCCCUCCCUCCCGCCGCUGCUGCUGGGCGCCCAAGGCUUGCUGGUGACAGGAGCGUGAUGGGACGCCGCCCCCUGCUGUGGUCAGGCCACGCUGAGAGGGGCCAGCGAGGGCCAGGAGAGAAGGCAGCGAGGCGCUCUGGGACCUGGGCGUCUUGCGCAGUUUUAUCUGUCAUUUGACGUGGACUUUUUAUGAAAUCUCUUCUCGUCCUCUCUCCUACUGCCACUUCCUCUCCCCAGCCCCUGCCCUCUGGAUACCACAAGGGUUUGGGGUUUGUAAAAGGCUGUUGUGGAACUCCCGGAGGGUAUGUGUGGCCCCCCCUCUCUGCCCCCCACUUCCCCACCACAGCGUCAGGGCCCUUCCGGCUGGGGCGGCGGCCAUGGAGGGCUGGAGCCAGCAGUGCCACUUCCCCUGCCGCCCUCCGUCAUCGUCAGUGUGCCAGGUGGAGAGGAGGCUGUGUGUGUGCGUGUGUGCAUGCGUGGAUCUGUGCUCCAGUGGUGUGCUAGAGGGGCAGGCUGAGCAGGGCUGCAGAAAGGACCCUGCUUUGGCUUCAGAAGCUCCUCCCUCGGUGGGCCUGCGCUGCCCGCAUGGGGCCCACAGAAGUGCCUGGGGAGCUUCUGGGUCUGGGGCCAGGUCCUCUGUGCACAGCCGUCUAGCGGGAUUCCAGGCGCAGAUCAGCCAUGGGCGCAGCAGCAGAUCGGGGAGAGGGUCCUUGAAGCCCACCCCACUUCGUGCCAUGCCCACGUCCUGGGAAGCACUGACCUAGUGCUAACCUGUUUCCCCUUGUGGCUGCCCCUAGCCCAUUGCUUAUUUUCUUAAAUUUUUAGCCUUUUCAUAACAGGCUGCCUCAACUCUCUUGGGUAAGUCGGAGCAAUGUAUAGUGACAACAUUUUAACACGGCACGUGUCUCUCCUGGCGCUGUGGCCCAGGGCCAGUUGUAGCCCGGCGGACAACUUCCCGUGUGUGCCCCAGUGGCUUGGGGAGAGUCUUCUCACCAAAGAUGCCCUGACUGCUCCCCUUCCUGGCAGCCACUUUACCCUCUCCUUGGUCAUGUGUCCGGGUCAAGGAGGGGGUGUAUUAAUGAGGCAAGUGUGAUAGGGACUCCCAGGGCCCUGGGCCCUGCCCUCUAAUCUUCACCUCCCCCAGGGCAGGGGGCUCAGCACCGCCUCCUUCCCUCCCUCCCUCCCCUCCUCCAAUGGCGUGUCCUGCACUCAGACUGUUGUAAACUGUUGUUUUGUAUGAUCGAAGUUGUCUUACUAAACAGAUUUAAUAGUU